GCGUCUAUUCUGAUUUCAGUUCCCACCAUCAAAAUCGUUUCACUUUCACAGUACCCUAGCAACACUUACUCGCCAUUGGGGAUGGAGCCAACUGGGCCAGAUAGUUUUGUGAAGAAAGGUGAAAAUUCAGCUGAAAAGGUCUCAGAACUGAGUUUAGAAAAGGGGGAAGAAGUAGCUAAGGCAUCUCAUGAAUCUCUGGUUUCUGAUGCCAAAUGGGUAUGUGAAAGCCCCAAAGCUGGCGUCUCUUCAACAGCUUCAGGAUGGCCUUCCUUUAAUGACAUCAAAGCACCUCCUCUCACUUAUUCUCUAUCUGCAGAAGAGAAAGCAACUGUGGCAGUGCUGCAAUUGCAGCACAAAGCAUUAGAAGCUUGCCAGAAGUUCUUAGUCGGGGAUGCUGGUUCUGAUGGUGACGAAGAUGACAAAGAUGAUGAGGAUGAAGACGAAUUGGUAGAUGAUUAUGAUUCUAAAGAAUGUGAGGAGUACAAGUUCUUUGAAAAAGUGUUUGCAGAAGAUGGUGACUUGAGGAGAUAUUAUGAGAGCAAUCAUAAGGAAGGGGAUUUUCAUUGUUUGGUUUGUGGAGGUAUAGGGAAGAAAGUAUGGAAGAGGUUUAAGAAUUGUAAGACACUAAUUCAUCACUCCACUGCCAUACUAAGGACAAAAAGGAAGAGAGCUCACAGGGCCUAUGCGCAGGUCAUCUGCAAAGUUGUUGGUUGGGACAUUGAUCAAUUGCCAGCUAUUGUAUUAAAGGAUUUGGAUUCCUCCUUGACAGGUUCAAGGAAGCUUUUGGGUUGUGAGAAAGAAAGUGUGAGUCUAGACGGAAAGGUCUUGGAACCAAGUUCAGAAAAUGGAGGAGAAAUAGUUAAGGAAUCUCAUGAAUCUCUGGUUUCUGAGUGGGAAAGUGAAAGCCCCAAGGCUGGUUUUUCUUCUACAGCUUCAGGAUGGCCUUCCUUUGAUGACAUCAAAUCAUCUUCUCUCACUUAUUCUCUAUCAGCAGAAGAGAAAGCAACUGUGGCAGUGCUGCAAUUGCAGCACAGAGCAUUAGAAGCUUGCCAGAAGUUCUUAGUUGGGGAUGCUGGUUCUGACAGUGACAAAGAUGAUGAGGAGGCGGAGGAUGAAGAUGAGCUGGUAGAUAAUGAUUCUGAAGAAUCUGAGGAGUAUAAGUUCUUUGAAAAAGUGUUUGCAGAAGAUGGUGACCUUAGGAGAUAUUAUGAGAACAAUCACAAGGAAGGAGAUUUUUAUUGUUUGGUUUGUGGGGGUAUUGGGAAGAAGGUAUGGAAGAGGUUUAAGGAUUGUAUUGGACUAAUUCAGCACUCCACUGCCAUAUUAAGGACAAGAAGGAAGCGAGCUCACAGAGCCUAUGCACAAGUCAUCUGCAAAGUUGUAGGUUGGGAUAUCGAUCAAAUGCCAGCUAUUGUGUUAAAGGAUUUGGAUUCCUCAUUGGCUGGUUCAAGGAAGCUUUUUGUUGAACCCAAAAAUCCUGCUGCGGGUUGUACUGAUGAUACAAAUUCAAAUGGUGAAGCUACUAAUUCUACUGAUUAAUCAUACUGAUGAUUAGGAUGUUCUUCAGGAAAGUGUAGCCAAUGUGAAUAGCACUUUGUUAAUAUGGUUUGUUGGGAGGCUCAUGUACUUGUUGAUGAUGUGGAGACUUGUUAGUUGUGAUAGGGUUUAUAUCUUGUGUCCUGUGAAUUUCUCUCCUGCACUAGCGGAUAGUUUUGUAAAUCCUUCAAUUGCAAGUCUUGCGCACCCAAAAUUUGAUGGCUAACUUGCAAGUAGUUGAUUCACAUUUGUGUUACCUUUUAAAAUUGUAUGUUUUGUCUACAGAAAUUUCGUUGAAUAUGGAGCAUUGCAAUGAAUUGGGUCGUGUGUCUAAA